AUGCGAUGAUGCACAGGCGUUUGUGGUGACAGUUCAAUUCAAGCCAACAAAAGCCAUUUCCUUCUCUGACUAUGCAAGAGCUAUAUCUGUAAACAAUUGACCUAGCUGUAGCCUACAAAUAGGAGGUAUGGAAUCAUAUUCAGAUCAUUUUUAUGCAUGUUUCUGAUCAAACUUAUAUAUAGUCCUGCCUUAAUGUCACUGAAAACAGCAGCAUGAUUUUGCAGGAGGCAUGUCAAACUCUCAAACCUGGGUAUGAAAUCCAGAAUUAGCCUAUAUCAUUAUUAUACAUUAUUUUGUUCAUAUCUGGACAUUCUCAGUUAAAAUGCGUAUUUAGUGAUAAAUAUGGCCCUGAUGUCCCAGUCUAGGAUGCUGCAGGGUCCACAUGUCCUGGGUCAUGACAAGCCUCUGAUCAGACUAUCAUUCACGUCCUGUGUUGUGGGCACCGUCAGCCUGCCACUGCUUGGCUUAAUUACCUGCAUCUCCAUCUCCUCCGUGUUCCAUUUCCAGGACUCCACUGAAACACAUUGCAAGGUUACCAAUUAUCUGCCCUCCAUUAGUGCCUCCAUAAGCCUGAGCCCAGAGUGCCAUAUCUGGCGCUUCUGCAUUGGCCUACACUCUGCUCCCAGGUUCCUGGUGGCCGUGGCCUAUUUUAACUUCUAUAAGGGCCGCUUCUCCACAAGGUUCCUGGAGUGGCUGCUCAGCUGCCUCAACUUCAUGUGUGCCAUCACUGAGAACUUUGGCCUCUUGCUGCUCACCUACGUGUCAUCCAAUGAGACAUACCUUGUCCAUAAAGAAGGUUUUGUCCUGUUCAUUGCCAGUUCUGUUAUCCACAUGGUGUUAACCUGUCGGCUGUGGCUGGUUAUAAAGAAGUACUCACUGAUUCCUGAGGACGUGAAAUCUUUCCACUGGAAAAUCCGCUGCUUGAUCCUCAACAUCGCUUUCUGCUGCUUGGCUGCUUACUUUUACUGGAAACACAACAUGUACUGUGAACAAGGGAGCUACACCUUUUUCGCCCUCUUUGAGUAUUGUGUGGUGUUCUCCAACAUGGCCUUCCACCUAACAGCCUUCUGGGACUUUAAGAGCAGAGAGAUGGUGGUCAUCUCACCAGAGGAGGGUAAAGACUUCUGACUGGGAAACAGAGGGUCAGGUGACAGGUGUUCAACCACUCAGAACACACCUAGCGGAGAUGAUGCUGUUGCAGAGGAGGAGGAGCAGGAAGAAAGCGCCUUCUUCCAUAUAUUUACAUGAUGGCGGAUGUCAUGACUGUAAAUAAUCACUUUAUUUAUCUGGACUGUUCAACCUGAAAGUCAAUCCUACUCUACCAACAUUUUGAUAGAGUUGAUAUUAACAUACUGUAUGAUAAAAGACAGACUUAGUCCUCUAUGAUUUGGGACAGUGGGGCAACUUCGACUUGAUCACCUUGACUUAAGAGUAUGCCCUUCUUUAGUCAUGCUCACGUGUCUAUGACUUAUCACUUGUGAAAUUCGGGAAAUGCUGACUGUUGCCAAUGAUGUGAUCUGAAGAGAGUGUCUUCAGCUCUUUGUAUAAAGUAUUUUUAAAUGUAUCAAGAACUGUGGUUAAACGCAAAUAUGAUUUUGUAUAUUCUCAAGUAGAGAGAGACAUCUUAAAGGUAUUAAUAAUCUAAUAGUGAUUUUUUUUGUGUAAAAAUUAAGCUUCAUUAAAAACAAUUAUUUCAGAACUUUUUAGCUAUUUACCAUAACAUGCUUAUUCUUAGUGAGUCAGUCAGUCAGUGAGGUCCACAACCUAAAUUAAGGAAGUUACAAAUAAAUGUUCUUCCUCGUUUGUAAAGACAGAGAGAGACAGAGAGAGUGAGAGAGACAGAGAGAGAGAGACAGAGAGAGAGAGACAGAGACAGAGAGAAAAAGAGAGACAGAGAGAGAGAGAGACAGAGAGAGAGAGAGAGAGAGAGAGAGAGAGUGUGUGAGAGAGAGAGAAAGAGAGAGAGAGACAGAGUGAGAGAAACAGAGAGAGACAGAGAGAGAGACAGAGAGAAUGAGAGAGACAGAGAGACAUAGAGAGAGAGAGAGAGAGAGAGAGAGAAUGAGAUGGAGAGGUAGAUCCAGAUAGUACUAGAGUGGGUGUUAUAUACAGUCACAUACAGUAUAUACUAUACUAAAACUGUCAGGACAUCUAUCUGUAUGUCCCUCCACUGCUCUCACACAAAGAAGUGUAUGUUAUCCAGCAGGCAGAGCAAAGGCACUGAGGCCUUAUUUCACUGUCAAAUGAGUCCAGUGGCCUGAGGUAUGGGAGAGGACAGUGAUUGUACAACAAAUGAAAAUGUAUGUUUCACAACUCUGUAACCGCCAGCUGGAUCAUUUCACUUCCAAAUCAUUCUCAGGCAAAUCAGGAACCUCAUGGUUGUUUAGCAUGCUGGUUUCUAUCACAUCCCAUGACUCCAUUGGAAAGGGUUUGGCAUUCUUGAGGUAUUAAUUUAAUUGUAUGCAUUGAUCAACACAUUUAUUUGCUGUUCCUGAUAAUAAGAAUAAAGACAUGUCAAAGUAAUCUACACUACAGUUUGCACACAAUUUCUAUCUCUCGUUUACAACAGUACAGAUGUAAUAAUAAUAAUACUAUUUUGGUGGGUGCUUAUGUUUGAAUUGGAAAUGUGUUUUUUUGCCUUUCCCAACCCCGAGACACCCUCGAAGAGUGGGGUCAUGGCCUUCUCAAAAUAGUUACACAACAUUAAAACAUCUAGAACCCCAUCUUAACUAAAAUAGAUAAUAAGCUAAGGACUUUCAGAGGGAAGUUACAACCAGGUUCCAUUUCUCUCUCCUUUCCUCUCCCGUCUCUCUCCUCUCAUCUAUCACACACACAUGCACGCACGCACACACACACACACACACACAAACACACUGACUAAUGACCUUCGAUAGGAAAAUCAGCCUAUG